AUGGGAAGGUUAAGAAGAUUGGAAAGUUAUAAAAAUAUUGCAGAGAUAAUCAGCCGAGACAUACGGCCAGGAUGUACGGCCGAAGACAUAAAGAGGAAGAUAAAUGGCCUCCGUACUAGCUACUCGUACGAAAAAGCAAAAGUGAAUAAAAGCAAAAGUGGAGCCAGUGCGCAGGCGGUGUACACACCACAAGUGUACUGGUUUCAAAUGCUGAAAUUUCUAGACCAGUCUACAGAGGCCGACGAAAGUAUGUGCAAUUUGGAGAGCACGGAUAGUGAAGCUGGAAGUGAACGUGCGACACCGACACCGACGUUUGAGGAUAUGUUAGCGCAAGACAUGCAAGAGCCUGUCGCAUGUAGCGAGGCACAGCCACAGCCCCUGCGUCAAGAGCGGCCUCCCACCAAAAGGAGGAAAGUCACGCCAGACGUGGCAACUAACGUCAUGCAGGAGGCCAGCAGGACACUUCAGGCUAUGGCUGAUGCUGCCAGAACCAUGCCUGUCCAUGAUGACCGCUAUAGUACCCUUGGCGCCCACAUCGCAGCAGAUCUGCGUGAAAUGGAAAGAGUGGGCGGCAGGGAAUACACCACUGCCACUAUGCACAGUCUGCAGCGGACAUUAAUGGACAGGUGGGAUUUGCUGCAUGCGACAGUCCGUGCACAACCGUCCACCUCUGGAUAUAUCCAGGUUGCCUUGCAGCAGGCUGGAAUACAGGAUGAAGAUUCCCUUCCAUAAAUAUAUAUGUGUCUAUAAAUUUUGUAUCUCUCCAAUCUUCUUAAUCUAUUUUUAUAAUCAGGGUGCCUCACAUUGUAAAGUGUCUCAUCCGCUUCAUACAUUUCAAUUAAUUUUGUGGUAUCACACAUCUCAUU